AUGUCAGAACUUGCAGAGAAAGUUGAUGAACUCGUGGAUCAGAUUAUAAAUUUGGAAAGUGCUGUAUUUUCUCAGACUGCUUAUGUAAAGAGAUUAACGUCAGAGACAAAUGAGCUCCAGACACACCUUAGAAGUUUGGAAGAGGAGAAAGACACUCUGAUUGAAGGUUCAGACGGCAUGAAUCGGAAGAUAAGAGAUCUUGAAGAAGAAUUGCAGAGACUAGAUGAGGAGACAGAGAAGUUAACUUUAUUCAGCAAAGAUACCCAUGUUCCAGAGAAGCAAGCCAGCAAACCGGAGCAAAAUAGAUGCAAAAUCAAGGAGAUAAACUGUCCUGUGCAAUCCAGCUCAAGCAACCACCGUGACUGUAUCCUGCCAUAUAGAGAAGUGAAAUCCACUACAGAUGCCAGUGCAGGAUUAGAAGUUCAAGAAAUUCCUUCCUGCAGCUCUGUGGUUCUGCAAUGUAAGGUAGAGAGUGAUGGUAUCAAGGGUGACAGCAACUCCACAAGUGCUGAAUCAAACAGUUGUCUGCUAAGAGUGGUGUUUGGAGAAGCAAGAGAUGGGAUAGGUCCUGAUUAUGGCUCAACAAUUAUGAAGAACAGAGUGAAAUUUAAUCUUGUGGAUACCAGCACUUCUGAAACGGCAAGAGACGAAAGCUUUUUCCAAUUAAAUCAACAAACUAACAGUGAUGAUUUUCCCACAGCACAAAAAGUAGCUAGUCCAGGUGCCAAUUCACAGAAAAAGUGCAGUCAAGAUGAAUCUGUGAGUCCACCUGACUAUCACAUUAAGCCUCUAGAAAAUGUGACAAUGGAAGAAAAAGUGCUGAAAAAGGAUGCUCUGGUGCACAGCAGGUCUUCCAUAUGUGGAAAGGGUAUAAUGUAUUCAAACCAAGGUGAUCACCUUUGUGAUAAACCAAUAAAAGGUCCAAUGAAAGAUGUUCAUAGCGACAGUUCUGAAAGGAGGGCACAUGAAAGUAGAAUCCAGCCGGAUGACUUUUUUCUCUCCAACAGGGAUGAUUGCAUGGAUGGUUACUCAUUGAAAGAUCGAGUGGGAGAUCUUCUGGAUGCCAAUCUAGAUAAGUCAGAUAACAAUAACAACAUCCAAUCAGCUGCCAAGAACCAUCCCAGGUCAUUUAAGAUAGAAACAGGUGGUGAUCUUUCGACACCGAGUGCUUCUGAUAACAAUAGGGACAUGGAGGAGGAUUAUUGGAAUACCGCAAAAGCCAGCAGAAAUUCUGGAGAGUCCAGACUCAGUAGCCAGCUUAAUGAUCUUCCAAUGAAUAGUCAAGUGAAAAGCAUUUCAGAAACCAGUCCAUUAAAGGUGCUUGCUGCAAAUGAAGAUAACAGAGCUCCUGACAUCUCACCCACCUCAUCAGAAUUGGCAACUGUAAAGGACCAAAAGAUGUACAGCUUUCCGGAUCAAGGCAAGGAUCAGGAAGCAAAGCAGCAACAGGUGUUCCAGCCACUUCAACAUGAUCUCAGCGGGAACCAAGAUGAACUUGGUGUAGGGGAUGACGAUCAGCCUAAUUGGAAAGAGCUGUUUUUGAGUGGGUUAGAUGACAGAGAGAAGCUUCUAUUGCAGGAGUAUACAUCCAUUCUUAGGAAUUACAAGGAAGCAAAAAAGAAGCUCAAUGAAGUGGAGAAGAAAAAGCGAGAGCUAGCCUUUUUCAAUGCAAAGAUUGAAUCAUUGGAGAAGAAACUGAACUUGCUUGGGAAAAAAAAAGAUGCAGCUGUUGAUUCAAUAGAAAGCAGAGCCUCAGCCAGCUACCAUGUCUCAGCUGAACAGAAUUUACUAACAGAGCAGAAGACUCUUGCAGAUAUGGUAGGUGCUCCAACUCCUCAGUCCAUGGAUACUAGAGUGGAAUCGCCUCCACAAGAGCAGCCAAAGAUCUCCUUUGUGGAAGAGAAUGGAGCCAUCAAGGUUAUUAACCUAGAUGAAACUCAAAAUCUUUCGGUUGUUGAAGAAAGAAUUCGCACAGACAUUGAUGAAUUGCUGGAGGAAAAUAUAGGAUUCUGGAUGAAGUUUAGCACCUCGUUCCAUCAAGUACAAAAAUUCCAAACAACUGUCCGGGAUCUGCAAGCUGAGCUAGCAGAAGUGAAGGCAAACAACAAGCACAGUGGAAGCACAAACCAUCAAUUACUUGUAUCAGAAAUUCGUCCAAUUUACAGGCACCUGUCAGAAAUACAAACUGAGCUAACUCUAUGGUUGGACCAAAAUGACAUGUUGAAAGAUGACUUGGAUAACAGGUUAGCCUCGCUGUCUGGCAUACAAGAAGAGAUCUUGUCAAAUGCAGGGUCAAGUGCAGAAGAAACUGAGCUGAGUGACUAUCAAGCAGCCAAGUUCCAGGGCGAGGUUUUGAAUAUGAAACAGGAGAACAAUAAGCUUGCUGGUGAACUGCACUUGGGUCUGGAACGUGUCAAAGUCAUCCUGGUUGAGAUUGAAAGGACACUUAGAGACCUGGAUACUGAGUUUGGAGUUGCCGCAAGAAAGCAACAACCUAGGAACUCACCGAUUCGAUCCAAAAUUCCGUUGAGGACUUUCUUGUUUGGUGUAAAGUUAAAGAAACAGAAGCCAUCAUUCUUUGCUUGCAUUAGUCCGUCAUUGCAGAAGCAUAUAGCGACUUAA